GCCCAUCGACGACCCCUGUUCAUGAUGGAGGCCAUAAAGAAAAAGAUGCAGAUGCUGAAGCUGGACAAGGAGAAUGCUCUGGACCGUGCAGAGCAAGCUGAAGCUGAGCAGAAACAAGCAGAAGAAAGAAGUAAACAGCUGGAAGAUGAGCUGGCGGCCAUGCAGAAGAAGCUGAAGGGGACAGAGGAUGAGCUGGACAAGUAUUCUGAAGCACUGAAGGAUGCCCAGGAGAAACUGGAGCUGGCGGAGAAGAAGGCGGCUGAUGCUGAAGCUGAGGUGGCCUCCUUGAACCGGAGGAUCCAGUUGGUGGAAGAGGAGCUGGACCGUGCUCAGGAGCGCCUGGCUACUGCCCUGCAAAAGUUGGAGGAAGCAGAAAAAGCUGCUGAUGAGAGUGAGAGAGGUAUGAAGGUUAUUGAAAACCGGGCCUUAAAAGAUGAAGAAAAGAUGGAACUCCAAGAAAUCCAACUCAAAGAAGCCAAGCACAUUGCCGAAGAGGCAGAUAGGAAGUAUGAAGAGGUGGCGCGUAAAUUGGUGAUUAUUGAAGGAGACUUGGAACGUACAGAGGAGCGAGCUGAGCUGGCAGAGUCUAAGUGUUCUGAGCUGGAGGAGGAGCUGAAGAAUGUCACCAACAACCUCAAGUCUCUUGAGGCUCAGGCUGAGAAGUAUUCUCAAAAAGAGGACAAAUAUGAAGAAGAAAUAAAGAUUCUUACUGAUAAACUCAAGGAGGCAGAGACACGGGCUGAAUUUGCUGAGAGAUCAGUAGCCAAGCUGGAAAAGACAAUUGAUGAUUUGGAAGAGCGCCUCUACAACCAACUUGAGCGAAACCGCCUGCUUUCUAAUGAGCUGAAGCUAACGCUGCAUGAUCUCUGUGACUGACGGGCAGCGCUUCCUGGUGCCCGUUAACCGAGCUUAGUGCUCACACCACUGACCUGGACCCCAGCAAAACGCUGAUUCUUUCUUUUUUUAAAAGCUAUUCUUAUUUUUUUGCCUUUGCUUUUUAAAUGGUGUGGGGGGGAGGAGGGAAGCUUAGAAUAUUGUUGAUUGCUUCAUAAUACCAACAAAGUUGGAACAGUUGGUACUGUAUUUCAAUUCCUUUCCAGGAACUGAUGGGUGAUACAAGGGAGAGCUUGAAAGGUGAUCUUAAAUAUUGGGAAGAUUUUGUUUCCCACCUUUUAUUUUUGCUCUCUCACUUGUGACUGUAGGAUAUGUUGCCUUGCUUGGCUGUUUUCUAACAAUAAAAGGACUGACUUGACAAGAGGUUGUAACUGCUUCAUCUGCAGGUCCCAAGGGUGGACCUUUUUUGAUGGGGCAGGGAAAAAGGGGAAGGGCAAAGGAGGGUGUGGGCUGUGAGUAUGGGUGCCCGUUGCCAUCCCCUUCUGUGGGUAGAAGAUUGGAGUCGUCCUUCCUCACCUCUCCAGAGUCACCAGAGUUAUUUGCUGGCCCGGCAGGUUAGACGGGCUGUGGUAGUCAGCUGCUGCACUCCCAUCUGAUGUUUUACCCCUUGAUUCCUUUUCUGGAUCUGUGUUCCAUUGUAAAUAAUUGUCACAGGCUAGUUCUGGGCAGUAGCUUUGCAAAAAUCUCAGAAGUUGCUUGCAAGAAUGGUUAGUAUUCUUACCUUUGUUUUCUUUACAAUCUCUGAUCGUGCUGUGAGGGCUUGUGUCUUUGCUAUCCCUCUUGUUCUCUUCCUUCAUCUCUCCCUUUUGGAGAGAGAAUGUACCACCUGAGGCUCCUCCUGCACUCUUGGUCAAGUAAGGUCUUAUGCUCCAGGUAGAAGAGGGACACACUGGUGGUGUAGUGUUGAGUGUGUCUUACCCAUAGAAAUGGUCAUCGUUGUUUGCGGUGGUUAAACUCCAGUGAGCCAUUUCAAGUAGGCAUUGCCUUGUAGGCAUUGCUAGGCACCUGCUUAGUGACCCAGUGAAGGCCUGCUUCUUCAGUGACUGCAAACAGAAAGCCGUGGUUGGGUGUGGGAGGGACAGGAAGCGGUUGACUGAGGUCCCCACCUCCUUGCCUCAGGAAGUACAGCAACACUUGCAUAGCUUCAGUAGGCAAGCCAGAGGCUCUGCAAAACCCCAUGAUGCAAUAGCUCACUUCUGUGGCCAAGAAGGCAGCUGCUUAAUUAGCCUGCAUCUUCUCUGCAACCAGCAUUGAGUUUGUGUGGGCUGACCUUGGGAUGAACCAUUCAUAAUCUCUCUGCUUUGUCCCCAUUAGAUAAACUGAAAUGCACCAAAGAGGAGCACCUCUGUACACAAAGGAUGCUGGACCAGACUCUGCUUGACCUGAAC